UAUGCCAUGCAGAAGGGGAGGAACGGAUGGGGGACAGAAAAGAGGGAGGAACAGAGGGGGGACAGCAAAGGGGGAGGAACGGAGGGGGGACAGCAAAGGGGGAGGAACGGAGGGGGGACAGCAAAGGGGGAGGAACGGAGGGGGACAGCAAAGGGGAGGAACGGAGGGGGGACAGCAAAGGGGGAGGAACGGAGGAGGGACAGCAAAGGGGGAGGAACGGAGGGGGGACAGCAAAGGGGGAAGAACGGAAGGGGGACAGCAAAGGGGGAGGAACGCAAGGGGGACAGCAAAGGGGGAGGAACGGAGGCGGGACAGCAAAGGGGGAGGAACGGAGGGGGGACAGCAAAGGGGGAGGAACGGAGGGGGGACAGCAAAGGGGGAGGAACGGAGGGGGGCCAGCAAAGGGGGAGGAACGGAGGGGGGACAGCAAAGGGGGAGGAACGGAGGGGGGGAAGCAAAGGGGGAGGAACGGAGGGGGGACAGCAAAGGAGGAGGAACGGGGGGGGACAGCAAAGGGGGAGGAACGGAGGGGGGAUGACUAAGGGGGAGGGGUGGAGGGGGGACGACAAAAGGGGGAGGGACAGAGGGGGGGUGAGAAAAGGGGGGGAACGGAGGGGGGACGACAAAGCGAGGAGGAACGGAGGGGGGACGGCAAAGGGGGAGGGUCGGAGGGGGGACGACAAAGGGGGAGCGGCGGAGGGGGGACGACUAGGGGGGGGAAUGGAGGGGGGACGGCCAAGGAGGAGGAACGGAGGGGGGACGGCCAAGGGGGGGAACGGAAGGGGGACGACAAAGGGGGAGGAACGGAGGGGGGACAGCAAAGCGGGAGGAACGGAGGAGGGACAGCAAAGGGGGAGGAACAGAGGGGGGACAGCAAAGGGGGAGGAACGGAGGGGGGACAGCAAAGGGGGAGGAACGGAGGGGGGACAGCAAAGGGGGAGGAACGGAGGGGGGACAGCUAAGGGGGAGGAACGGAGGGGGGACAGCAAAGGGAGAGGAACGGAGGGGGGACAGCAAAGGGGGAGGAACGGAGGAGGGACAGCAAAGGGGGAGGAACGGAGGGGGGACAGCAAAGGGGGAAGAACGGAAGGGGGACAGCAAAGGGGGAGGAACGGAGGGGGGACAGCAAAGGGGGAGGAACGGAGGGGGGACAGCAAAGGGGGAGGAACGGAGGGAGGACAGCAAACGGGGAGGGACGGAGGGGGGAUGACUAAGGGGGAGGGGCGGAGAGGGGACGACAAAUGGGGGAGGGACGGAGGGGGGAUGAGAAAAGGGGGGAAACGGAGGGAGGACGACAAUGCGAGGAGGAACGGAGGGGGGACGGCAAAGGGGGGGGAACGGAAGGGGGACGGCAAAGGGGGAGGGUCGGUGGGGGGACGACAAAGUUGGAGCGGCGGAUGGGGGACGACGAAGGGGGGGAACGGAGGGGGGACGGCCAAGGAGGAGGAACGGAGGGGGGACGGCCAAGGGGGAGGAACGGAGGGGGGACGACAAACGGGGACGGAGGGAGGGGGGACGACUGAGGGGGAGGGGCGGAGGGGGGACGACAAAAGGGGGAGGGGCGGAGAGGGGACGACAAAGGGGGAGGAAAGGAGGGGGGACGGCCAAGGGGGGGGACGGAGUGGGGACGACAAAGGGGGAGGAACGGAGGGGGGAGGGCCAAGGGGGAGGAACGGAGGGGGGACGGCCAAGGGGGAGGAACGGAGGGAGGACGACAAAGGGGAGGGAACGGAAGGGGGACGACAAAGGGGAAGGGGCCGAGGGGGGAAGAGAAAGGGGGGGGGGAACGGAGGGGGGACGGCAAAGGGGGAGGAACGGAGGGGGACGACGAAUCCUCGCCAGCGCCAGCGCCAGUGCUAGUGCCUAUUCGCCAGUGCCAGUACCA